GGAUGUAUCUGGUCGACAUUAGGUCCAAGAAUCACACCAUAAAAGGCCCUAGUGUGACCUCGCCCUUAAUGAAUGUUGCAUUUGAGACAAACGCGACUGAUUCAAAAACACACAAACGCCGACCCGCGUAGCUAUUUGUCUCUCAAAAUUUUCAAAAUAUAAAAGUUCCAAACUCAAUUCCAAUACUCUUGUCAACAACCUCCAAAAUUCAGGCUACUCUUCUCUCUCUCUCUCUCUCUCUCUCGCAAAUCCUCAAAUACUAAACGGAAAAAAAAAGAUUCAAUUCAUCUCCAGAAGAGAAGGAAUCUUUGCCUCACAGGAAUCACGCAUCUCUCCGCCCUCAAAAGAAAAAAGAAUAAAAAAAGAGGAUCUUUAGAGACCACUCCGGCUGCUUUUGCUUUCCCCAAAAGAAACAAACGCCCAUCCUCUAACGUAACCUGACGUGUAAUCGCCGCUUUCAAUCGCGUAACCUAACCUGAUUUAACGUAAACGUCAACACAACUGCACUCAACUACCACCAUGCACGAAGAAACGAACAGAUUUCAAUCAAUCUGUUCAUCAUUUAAUGUCUAAGUAGAAACAAUAAGAGUCAUUUCAAAACUAAUUACAACAAAGUCCACAGCACCAGCUCCUUUCUGGGCGAUGGCCAUGGCAAGGAUCAUCGUGACGAUGGCGAUGGCGAUGGCGAUGGCGAUGGCUAUGGCGAUGGCGAUGGCGAUGACGAUGGCGAUGGCCUUAGUUAAUCAGUAACCAUAGAUGAUUCAACACCAAGUGAAUCGACUUCCAUGCACACACAGGAUGACACGGCGGCCAUUAAGCACCCUCUGCCCCGUGCCGUCUGUCCAACACAACCAAAAAAAAAAAAAAAAAAAAAAACACGAUACAAGAAACAGAUAAAAGAAACCAAGGAUCUAGGGCAAUAUCUCUCUGGUUCUCAUGUAUGUUUUUCUUGUCUGAACAUAAAACGCUGCUAAGCGUUCCGCGACCUUCUUGUUCUACAUCUUCAUCAAACCGUUUCACACAGAAGUUAAAGAAAGAGUGGUCACACCCCCUCUUCUCCCCCCCCACUACCCUACCGAAUAUUUUCUGGCUAUGGUGGGGCCCUUCUUCUUCUUCGUCUUCUUCGUUAGACCCCGUCAUUUGGUUCUCCCCAUCGUCCAUGCUUCUUAUCCCUCUUUUUUUGAUUGGCUCGAUUUCACCGCAGAACGGUCUUUCGCCGACGCAGCGCACCCUCAUCACGUAUGUACUCUAGCUAUCUUUCCGGUCAAAUACGUCCAUAAUGAGGGUGCGUUGUGUUCGGUGGAAGACGGUAGCCAUUUGCACCACGCCAAUCAAUUGCUCUUCGUUUCUUUGCCACGUGGCAUUAACCCCGUUGUGCCCCUUUCGCUCCCCCGUUUGCUCCGUCGAUGAGCAGAACCACCUCCCUUUUCCUUCGCUGCCACGUGGCGUAACUAUGGUCGACAGUCAGAUCGGGACCGCGCCAAUACCGCAAUGUGGCCGGCAGGAGGAGAGAACGCUCGCAUCGCCAUCGAUGGGCAGAAGAAAGCCACGUGGCUCUCUAAUGAUUGGAUUCCCCAAUUAUUUGUCGUCUAAGUGCAGAGCCGGGGUCGGACAACAUCCACGUGACGUGAAGAAGUGGUUCGUCGUCUGGCAGUCCGACUCGGAGGCGAACCGCAAUUUCCGAGCGAGAGCGCAAGACGCCGAUGAUGCGGUUCCAGUCCGUCAGUCAGUCCGUCCUGUUCCUGGUCCCGGUCUCGUUUCUGUUCCUGGUCUUGCUCCAGCUCCUGCUCCUGUUCCUGGUCUUGUUCCAGUUCCAGCUCCUGUUCCUGGUCUUGUUCCACCUCCUGGUGUUCCUGGUCUUGUUCCAGCUUCCAGCUCUUGCUGCUGUUGUUCCUGGUCUUGUUCCAGUUCCUUGCUCCUGUUCCUGGUCUUGUUCCAUUUCCUUGCUCCAUUUCCUUGCUCCUGUUCCUGGUCUUGUUCCAGCUCCCGGUGUUCCUGGUUUGUUACUCUUCCUGUUCCUGGUUUGCUCCCGUUCCUCGUCCCUGCUUCUGUUCCUGGUCCCGAUCGUGCGGAUUCCUGUUCCAGCUCUAGCCCUGUACGUUUGCCUGCUCCUGCUCCUGCUCCUGCUCCUCUUCUCGCUGAGCACGCGCUGUGCCGUCUGCGAGGCCACCCGUAAUCCCUAUGCGCCUAUCGCGGAGCACGCGCUGUGCUGCCUGCGAGGCCACCUGUAAUUCCUGUGCGCCUAUCCGCCUGUCCGCCUGCUCGCCCGGUGAUGCGGUUUAUAUCAUGAAGGUAGACGCCCAGUCACGUCCUGAUCUCACCGGCCCGGUGGUUUCAGGAUUUUUUGUUGUUUUAUUUUUGGUUUUAUUUUAUUUUAUAACCAGAAUCCCUUUCUUUCGAGUAGUCUAAGGGUGAAUUUAUUCAGUCUUCUUUAUAUUUGCGAUGGCUCCAAUCAUCACCGUCAUCAUCAAGGUGAAUGCGUAGAAUCCCGACCUGAUAUCUUGCUGCUAAGCUUCGCUAAGCUUCGUCGCGCACAGAGAAAAUCUCUAUAAAAUCCUGCAAUCCUACAUCUUCUGCUCUCCCGUUCGUGCCUCCAAUUUUUUUGUUGACGAAUGCCAAAGAUUAAAACACAACUGGCUAUCAUCGUCCUCCGAAGGAAGACACACACACACACACACACACACACACACAGAGAGAGAGAGAGAGAGAGAGAGAGAGAGCAGUAAACAAUUAUCGCAAACGGACACCACCAUCCAUCGUGGGUCCGCUGUCAUGAAGGCCUAGGAAUGAUUGAACACAUGUUGCCAUGGUCCUGAAAUGGUGAUGAUGACGAUGAUGAUGACGGAGGUGCCGACAAUAGACUGCCAUUUAUGACGACGAUGGUGAUGGAUUCUCGCUCAGCAAGUCGGUUUAGAGAUGGCUGUAUGCCGCUCGUGCACCUAGUCCAGAUCAUAUCAAUGAUUCACUCGCUGACGUUACAGUAUAUACCCACCCAUCAUGCAUGACCUCUCGCUACGGUAAAUAUAGACAUUUUGACAGAGUCCAGGUGGCCUCUCUACGUCGCUACUAUCUAAUCACACAAACCCGAAUCCCCAUCCUCUGUCCUCUCCUCUCCUCUCCUCUCCUCUAAUGAAUCCCGCAAAAUAACUCGAGACUGCAACAACCAAUCAAGGAUUCUUUCACCUCGCAUCUAGCAGCCUGCUAAUGAUCAACAAAAAUUAACCUUGUAG